AGCUUUCCCACUGUCAGCUCCUAUUUGGCACAUCCCCUCGCUCGUACCACUAAGACACCCUGGCAAAAAUAUCUUGAUUAGACCUUCGAGUUGUACUUUCGUGGUAUUUGUUACUUAUAAGGAGCUUCCCAGAUCAUUACCUGGUUUCUUCUUUCUUAUGCAAGAUCCAGCUCUCCUUUCAUGCUUUGCUCAUUCUCUUGUUAGUCGAACAAUUCUCGAC